GUGAAAUCAAUACAUCAAAAUUUUGGAAUAAUAAAAUUCCAUUAAUAGGUACAUCAAAUAUUUAAAGAAACUUAUUUUCUUGUUAAUCCUUAAUUAGAAGAUUUCUUGGUAUGCAUCAUUUCUUAAUUUCUUGGUUAUCUUUCAAAUGAGUACUUUAUUAUGUUCGAAUUAAUUUAGAGGUAUUUGUUAAUGUAAUUAUAUUUUGAGCAACACUUUCCCUACCGAUUUAUGGCUGACUCACUGACCUCCGCUCGUUGUUGGAGAAGCUGUAGGGACCACAAGCCGAGAGUCGUUUUGCUGCCCUUCUUCUCUCACGUCGUCGCCUUCUCUCUCUCUCUCUCUCUCCUCUCCUCUCCUCCUUUUCCUCCUCGUCCUUCCUCUCGCCUUCACCGACAACGCGGCGUCGCCGCUCAGACCAAACCAUUCCCAUCCGACAUCAAGCAUGGGCACAGUCUACCGGUGCGCGGGAUGCGGGGCAGAUCUGAAUCUGAGCGCGGCGCACCUCUACCCGGCGGACGCCCACUUCGAGGCCGGCAACAAGGGCACCUUCUCCUUCUCAUGGGUGGACGACGCCCGGCUCCAGUUCGCCAAGGAGGACCGGAUCAAGCCCUUCUUCGAGACCCCCAACUACUGGGGCAUCCAGCGCAAACGCACCCGCCUCCUCUGCGACACGUGCGGCCACCUCCUCGGAUACGUCUACGACGACGGGCCUCCCGCGAUGCGCGGCCACGGCCAGUUUGGGUUCGGCCAUGGCCACACCGUCCCUCGCGCCCCCAGGUACCGAUUCAAGAUCAAGGCCCUCAACAUCUCCUACUGUUGAAAUGAUGAUCACAGGUCCGCGUCGAGAACCUAUCGAUGCAUGAUUUUGGUGAUUUAGAUCAGGAAUUGGUUACUCGGGAGCUCGAUUGUGCGCUUCGUGUGUCCAUCGGAUACAGACGGGUAAUGCUCACGGCAAAAGGCCGUCCGUCGUCUCCUGUUUGCCUUUUAUUUCUAGGUUUGGUUUAUCUUUUUGUUAUCAUUAUUAUAAUUCAUGGGAAAAAAAAAGAAAAGAAAAGGCAGACAUUACAUUGCAUAAUAAUGUCUUCUUCUUCCUCCUUCGAAUUGUGUUCUCUGUGGCUAUCUCUUCUUAUUUCUAGAGAUGUUUCUCAUGUAUCAAGCAUGUCGUUUCUUAUAGUAAAUUUCCAUUAUUCUUA